AUGAGGGGCGCAGUGCUGCUGCAGGAUGGCAGCCGUUUCGAGGGCGAGCUGUUCGGCGCGCUGCGGCCCACUUCCGGCGAAAUAGUGUUUCAGACGGGCAUGGUCGGCUACCCGGAGUCGCUGACGGAUCCCUCAUACCGGGCUCAGAUUCUGCUGCUCACCUACCCUCUCAUCGGCAACUAUGGCGUGCCUGGCGACGACAAGGAUGAGCAUGGCGUACCCAGGUACUUCGAGUCGGACCGCAUCUGGCCGGCCGGCCUGGUGGUGGGCGAACUCUGCGAGGCGCCCAGCCACUGGAACAGCCGGCGCGCGCUCCACCAGUGGAUGCUGGAGCAGGGCGUGCCUGGCAUCACGGGCAUUGACACGCGCGAGCUAACCAAGAAGCUGCGAGAGCAGGGCACGAUGCUGGGCAAGAUCGUGCCCGACGGCACGGCUCCGGACGCCGUGGCCCAGGAUGACCCGAGCGACCGUAACCUGGUGGCCGAGGUCUCCGUUCAGGAGGUGGUAUCCUACAACCCCGGUGGCGCCCCCUACAUCUGCGCCGUGGACUGCGGCCUCAAGUACAACCAGCUGCGCUGCCUGCUGAAGCGAGGCGCUCGAGUCGACCUGGUGCCCUGGAACCAGCGGCUGGACCCGGCCAAGUACGACGGGUUCUUCGUCAGCAACGGGCCGGGGGACCCGGUCAAGUGUGCUGACACGGUGACCAAUCUGCGUGACCUGAUGAGUGUUGAAACGAAGCCUAAACCCAUCUUCGGCAUCUGUCUCGGUCACCAGCUGCUGGCUACGGCAGCUGGGGCGCGCACCUUCAAAAUGAGCUACGGCAACCGGGGGCAUAACCAGCCGUGCAUACACCACGGCACCGGCCGCUGCUUCAUCACGUCACAGAACCAUGGCUACGCCGUCGACGAGGCCUCCGUGCCCGAGCCGUGGCAGCCGCUCUUCACCAACGCCAACGACAAGACUAAUGAAGGACUGCUGCACGCUACUAAGCCCUUCUUCAGUGUGCAGUUUCAUCCGGAGCACCGAGCGGGCCCAGAGGACCUGGAGGGCCUGUUCGACGUGUUCCUGGAGGCGGUGCGCCGCCGUGCGACCGGACAGCCGGCUGGCCUGCCAAGGCUGCUGGGGCGGGCUCUGACCUUCACCCCAUCUGUCGCCCCGCUCACCACCAAGCCCAGAAAGGUACUGCUGCUGGGAUCCGGCGGCCUCUCGAUCGGCCAGGCCGGCGAGUUCGACUACUCGGGCAGCCAGGCGAUCAAGGCGCUCAAGGAGGAGGAGGUGCAGGUGGUGCUGAUCAACCCCAACAUCGCCACUGUGCAGACGUCGCGCGGCAUGGCUGACAAGGUCUACUUCCUGCCGAUCACGCCCGAGUAUGUGGAGCAGGUGAUCCGCUCCGAGCACCCGGACGGCAUCCUGUUGACGUUCGGCGGCCAGACGGCGCUCAACUGCGGCGUGGCGCUGGACAAGAGCGGCGUGCUGGCCAAGUACGGCGUCCACGUGCUCGGCACGCCGAUCCAGUCCGUCAUGCAGACGGAGGAUCGGAAGGCGUUCGCCGCCAGUGUCGAGCAGAUCGGCGAGCGGGUGGCGCCCUCCGCCUGCGCCGAGACGGUCCAGCAGGCGCUGGAUGCGGCUGCCGUGCUCGGUUACCCGGUCAUGGCACGCGCAGCGUUCGCCCUCGGUGGACUCGGCUCCGGCUUCGCCAGUAAUCCGGAAGGCCUGCGGGCCUUGGUCACUACCGCUCUGGCCAGGUCGCCUCAGGUCAUCAUAGACAAGUCGCUGAAGGGCUGGAAGGAGGUGGAGUACGAGGUGGUCCGGGACGCGUAUGACAACUGCGUCACGGUGUGCAACAUGGAGAACGUGGACCCGCUGGGUAUCCACACCGGCGAGUCGAUCGUGGUGGCUCCGAGCCAGACCCUCUCUGACCACGAGUACAACCGGCUGCGCACCACCGCGCUGAACGUGAUUCGCCAUCUGGGCGUGGUCGGCGAGUGCAACAUUCAGUACGCGCUCAGCCCCGACUCAGAGCAGUACUACAUCAUAGAGGUGAACGCGCGCCUGUCUCGCUCCUCGGCGCUGGCCUCCAAGGCCACCGGGUACCCGCUGGCGUACGUGGCAGCGAAGCUAGCGCUGAACAAGGCGCUGCCGGACCUCUGCAACUCCGUCACAGGCAAGACCACCGCUUGUUUUGAGCCCAGCCUGGACUACUGUGUUGUCAAGAUGCCCCGUUGGGAUCUGGGCAAGUUCACCAGAGUUAGCACCAAGAUCGGCAGCUCGAUGAAGUCCGUGGGCGAGGUGAUGGCACUGGGCCGCGGCUUCGAGGAGGCGUUCCAGAAGGCGCUCCGCAUGGUGGACGGCAGCGUAACCGGCUUCGACCCCGACCUGCAGCCGCCCUCGGACGAGGAGCUGGAACAGCCGACGGACAAGCGGAUGUUUGUGUUGGCGGCGGCGCUGAAGGCCGGCUACACCAUAGACCGCCUAUACGAACUGACCCGUAUCGACAGGUGGUUCCUACACAAGAUGAAGAACAUAAUCGAGCACACGGCGCGGCUGGCCGGCACCGAGACGCUGAGUCACGACCACCUGCUGUUGGCCAAGCGGCUGGGCUUCUCCGACCAGCAGAUCGGGCACUGCGUCGGUAUUCCCGAGCAGGCCGUGGCCAAGAUGAGGCGCAAACUCGGAGUGCGGCCGUGCGUGAAGCAGGUGGACACGGUGGCGGCCGAGUGGCCGGCGACCACCAACUACCUCUACCUCACCUACAACGGCACCACGGACGACAUCACCUUCCCGGGCGGCGCCACCAUCGUGCUGGGCUCCGGGGUGUACCGGAUCGGCAGCAGUGUGGAGUUUGACUGGUGCGCGGUGGGCUGCGUGAGGGAGCUGCGUCAGCUGGGCCGACCCACCGUCAUGGUCAACUGUAACCCAGAGACGGUCAGCACAGACUACGACAUGUGCGACCGGCUGUACUUCGACGAGCUCUCCGCCGAGGUAGUGAUGGACAUCUACCGGCUGGAAAACCCGGAAGGCAUCAUCAUCAGCAUGGGCGGCCAGCUGCCCAACAACAUGGCGAUGCAGCUGCACCGGCAGCACGCGCGCAUCUUGGGCAGCUCGCCCGAGUCGGUGGACGGCGCUGAGAACCGCUUCAAGUUCUCUCGCAUGCUGGACCGCAUCGGCAUCCAGCAGCCGAGAUGGAAGGAGCUGACAAACGUGGAGUCUGCGCGCCGGUUCUGUGAGGAGGUCGGCUACCCAUGCCUGGUGCGGCCCUCGUACGUGCUCAGCGGUGCCGCCAUGAACGUGGCGCACACGCACACCGACCUCGAGGUCUACCUGCGCGAGGCGGCCACCGUCAGCAAGGAGCAUCCGGUCGUCAUCUCCAAGUUCAUCCUGGAGGCCAAGGAGAUCGACGUGGACGGCGUGGCGCGCGACGGCGAACUCCUCUGCCUGGCCGUCAGCGAGCACGUGGAGAACGCCGGCGUCCACUCCGGCGACGCCACCCUCGUCACGCCGCCCCAGGACCUGAACGCGGCCACGCUCUCGUCGAUUCGUGACAUCUUCGCCUCGAUCGCCAUGGAGCUGGAGGUCACGGGGCCGUUCAAUAUGCAGCUGAUAGCCAAGGACAACGUGCUGAAGGUGAUCGAGUGCAACGUGCGCGUGUCGCGCUCGUUCCCGUUCGUCUCGAAGACGCUGGAGCACGACUUCAUCGCCACGGCCACGCGCGUGAUCGUGGGCGCGCCGGUGGAGCGUGUCGACGUGCUGGCCGGAGCCGGCGGCCGCGUCGGCGUCAAGGUGGCCCAGUUCUCCUUCUCCCGGCUGGCCGGAGCUGACGUGCGUCUCGGGGUGGAGAUGGCCUCCACGGGCGAGGUGGCCUGCUUCGGCGAGAACCGCCACCAGGCCUACCUCAAGGCCAUGCUCAGCACCGGCUUCCGUCUUCCGCGCAAGGGCAUCCUGCUCAGCAUCGGCACCUUCAAGCACAAGAGUGAGUUUCUGUCGAGCGCCAAGAUCUUGCACCAGAUGAACUACAAGCUGUUCGCGAGCAUCGGAACGGCGGACUAUUACACUGAGCACGGCAUACCGGUGGAGACAGUCGAGUGGGCGUACGAGAACAUCGGCGAGAAGGGCGCCACGGACACGGAGCUCAACAGCAUGGCCGACUACCUCUCCCGCAAGCAGCUGGACCUGGUGAUCAACCUGCCGAUGCGCAGCGGCGGCGCGCGCCGAGUCAGCUCCUUCCAGACGCAGGGCUACCGCACGCGCCGCAUGGCCGUCGAAUACGGUGUCUGCCUCGUCACCGACGUCAAGUGCGCCAAGCUGCUGGUUGAGGCUCUGCACCGGUUGGGCGGACAGGCGCCGGUCGUCAACACCAGGCUCGACUGUAUCUCGUCCCGACGCGUCGUCCGGCUGCCUGGCAUGAUUGACGUCCAUGUGCAUCUACGGGACCCCGGUCAAACGCACAAAGAAGACUUCGCCUCGGGCACGGCGGCCGCGCUGGCCGGCGGCGUCACCAUGGUGAUGGUCAUGCCCAACACCCAGCCGGCUGUGGUCGACCGCGAGACCUUCCAGCUGGCCAAGGAGUGCGCCAGCCGCGGCGCGCGCUGCGACUUCGCGCUGUUCGUGGGCGCCGCGGAGGACAACUACCGCCAGCUGGCGGAGCUCGGGCCACGCGCCGCCGCGCUCAAGAUGUACCUCAACGAGACGUUCACGGAGCUGCGGCUGGACGCGCUCACCGUCUGGCUGCAGCACAUGGAGCACUGGCCGCGGCACCUCCCGCUGUGUGUGCACGCAGAAGGCCACACGAUGGCGGCCGCCAUGAUGGUCGCUGCUCUGGCCAACCGACCAAUCCACGUCUGCCACGUGGCGAAGAAGGAGGAGAUACUGAUGAUCAAGGCGGCGAAGCAGAAGGGAUUCCCCGUGACCUGCGAGGUGACCCCGCACCACCUGUUCCUGAGCGCCGCCGACCUGGACCGGCUGGCCAGCAUGGGCCGCGUCAAGCCGCCCCUGAUGACGUCCGAGGAUCGGCAGGCGCUCUGGGAGAACAUGAACGUCAUCGACUGCUUUGCCACCGACCACGCGCCGCACACGAUCGCCGAGAAACGCUCCGAGAAGGCCCCACCCGGCUUCCCGGGCCUGGAGACGAUGCUGCCACUGCUGCUGACGGCCGUCAACCAGGGGCGCCUGACGCUGCAGGACCUGGAGGAGAAGCUGCAUCACAACCCGCGCCGCAUCUUCCACCUGCCCGAGCAGCCCGACACCCACAUUGAGGUGGACAUGGACGAGACGUGGACCGUGCCGGACGCGCCUACGCACAGCAAAGCGGCCUGGACGCCGUUCUCCGGAAUGGAGGUGGCCGGCGCCGUCAAGCGCGUGGUGCUGCGCGGCGAGGUGGUGAUGGUCGACGGUCGCGUGCUGGCGGCGCCCGGCCGGGGCUCCUCGCCGAGGCCGCCCCUGACCGGCCACGGUCUGGUCACCACCCCUUCCGCCGCUGCCGCCGCCGCCGCCGCCGCUGCCGCCGCCGCGCCGCUGGGGCACGUGCUGACGGCCGAGACGUUCACCCGUGACGCGCUGUACCGCCUCUUCUACCUCGCGCAGACGUACCGCACGAGCGUGGUCAAGGAGCGGCCGCUGGACCACGUGCUCAAGGGUAAGGUCAUGGCUCUCAUGUUCUACGAGCCCUCCACGCGGACCUCGUGCAGCUUCGACAGUGCCAUGCAGCGGCUGGGCGGCCGCGUCCUGCACUUCAACGAGAGCACCUCCUCCGUGAAGAAGGGAGAGACACUGGAAGACUCUGUGCGCACGCUGGCCGGGUACAGCGACGUGAUCGUGCUGCGGCACCCGACGCCGGCAGCGGCGGCGCGCGCGGCCGAGGUCAGCUCGCGCCCCGUCAUUAACGCCGGCAGCGGCGUCGGCGAGCACCCCACCCAGGCGCUGCUCGACGUGUUCACCAUCCGGGAGGAGAUCGGCACCGUCAAUGGGCUCACCGUCACCAUGGUGGGAGACUUGAAGAACGGCAGGACGGUGCACUCGUUGGCCCGCCUGCUGACCUUGUACAAGGUCCACCUCCAGUAUGUCUGCCCUCCCGGCCUGGAGAUGCCGCAGCAGGUGGUGGACUUCGUCUCGGCGCACGGCGUGACGCAGGACGAGCUGCGCUCGCUGGAGGAGGCGCUGCCCGACUCGGACGUGGUCUACAUGACGCGCGUGCAGCGCGAACGCUUCGCUGACGAGGCCGAGUACGGCCGGUGCGCCGGCCGGCUGGUGCUCACGCCGCACCUCAUGACGCUGGCCAAGCCGCGUGCCAUCAUCAUGCACCCGCUGCCGCGCGUCGACGAGGUCAGCGCCGAGCUCGACAACGACCCGCGCGCCGCGUACUUCCGCCAGGCCGAGUACGGCAUGUAUGUGCGCAUGGCGCUGCUCGCCACCGUGCUCGGACGCGGCUAGCGUCGUCUAGUGGUGAAGUAGUGGCGCCAUCUGCGGCGGAGAUGGUGACGCCCUUUGCGAUCACGAGUGGCAUAUCGUUGUUGGUCGGGAUAGUUAUGCUCAACGGCAACACAUAUGCCGUAUCUAACGUAGAAGCUCACGAUAUUUUUUAGCAUUCUGUUAUGCUGGUGCUGGGGUUUAUAAAUACAUGACUGCAUACCGUCA